UGAGUCGGAAUUGACUCCACGGCAAUCGUUUUUGGUUUUGGGUUGGAGGUAAAAUUUGUAUACCUUUAAAUUCAUCCAUUGUAAAUGUACAGUGAGUUUUUGGUAAAUUUAUAGUUGGCAAUCAUCACUAUAAUCCAGUUUUAAAAUAUUUCUACCACCCCAAAAUUUUGCUCCUAUUGAUAUGGUUGGGAUGACAUCUGUCAUUUUGUAACUUGUGUUCCUUAUGUCUUUUGUGUCCCUUUGUUCCUUCUUUAUUACCUUCUUUUGUGUUAAAUACAUAAUUUUUAUUGUUUCAUUUUAUUCCUUUUUUAUUUUUUGAAUCACGUUCUUAGUCAUUGCAUCUCCAGUGCACAUUUAAGUUAUCAUUUCUACCAAUUCUGACCAUCAAGUGUCCCUUGCACAACACUCUCUACUAGGUUCAAUAAUUCGUUGCAAUGGCCACACAGAACUCACAGACCAUACUCACAAUUAACGGGCUUUAUUAGGGAAGUAACGGUUACAAUUCAGGCUCAGGAACACUCAGAAUACAGUUCUUCCAUCAGGAUAGCCUCUUCCCAGCUGUGCUCACAGGCACACCUCUCCCUGGCCCUCAGUCUCUGCCCAAAGGCACUCAGCUCUGUCUCUCCAUGGGCUGAGAAGUCCACCGGACCAUCUCCUGCUGCUGGGUCUCUCCUUCCUUGGUGGUGGUGAGCUCCUCCUCUCUGCUCUGGAAUUGGCUCUCUUUUAAGGCAAAACUGGCCAAUCCCCUUGGUAGGCCACAAUUACCCUAUCACAGUCACCUGGGUGGGACUUACAAGACCAUGGCUGGAAAGGCCACACACAAAAGUAAUUAAACGCACCACAGUCCCCACAUCUCUGGCCUGGUGCCUGGCACAUAGUCCAGCUGAUCCUCAGAGCUUCUUUACUAAGUGAUACUUGACAACGAAAGGAAAUGAGAACAGCUCACAGAGCAACGGCAGACGUGAGAAGAAACUGCAGGAAACCUGAGGAACAGAUGGCUUUGUGGCUUGUUGAGGCCAAAGCUUGGCUAGUUUUUGUCCUGGGCCCAUGUGUGUUUUCCCUCCCAGCUCUGGGAACUGCCCAAGAUGUCUGAUGUUGCUCAACAUCGUAUUGAACGUGUGACCAGGGCUUGUACGCUUCUGUUUUCAAGGAGCUAAUUAGCAUGAGUGUGGCCAGUUGAGAAGUGUCUCUGGGUAAAGCACCCUUGGGAGCAGAUAGUGCAGCUUGGCUGGCAUGCUUAUUUAGGUUCUUGCACGAAGGGGUCAGGCCCACUGCUGAGCUGCAGAAGGGCAGGGGGAGCUUAUGGGUGUGUAUUCGCCAAAAUCCUGGAGGGCUUGUAUGCUGCUCAGCCAUAUAGAGAUACUGGGCGCUUUAGAAAUUGGCGCCUCUUCCUCCGGUAGACACAGCCCCAUGCCAGUGCACGUGACUUGGGUGAAUAGAGUGUGGGCUGAAUGCAGUCUUCUCCUGCCACCUUAGCCAGACAUCUUUGUGCAAGAAAGUGUACAUCCUGUCCAACUGUAUGCAGUGGCCCUGGCUUAGCCACCAUGCGCCUGGCACUGUGCUCAGGAGCCAGGGGGCAGAUGUGAUAAGAUGCCCUUACUCUCAAGGAGCUUUCAGGCUUCAUGGGGGAGAUAAACAACAACAACAACAAAAAAAACCCAAACCCAGCGCCAUCGAGUUGAUUUUAACUCAUAGCAACCCUACAGGACAGAAUAGAACUGCCCUGUAGAGUUUCCAAAGAGCACCUGUUGGAUUCAAACUGCCAACCCUUUGGUUAGCAGCCGUAGCACUUAACCACUACGCCAUCAGGGUUUCCCAUGGGGGAGAUAGAUGUGCCUAAAUAAUGACCCCAGCAUGGAAAUCUGUCAGGUACUAUGGCAGCACACGAGAAAGUGGAUGCAGGGAAGGAUUCGGGGAGGAGGUAGUAUUGGAGCUGCAUGCUGAUGAAGAAAGAGGGAUUUCAAGGUGAGCAUGGAGUAGGGGAUGGGUGGCGUUUUAACCCUUUUAGAGGUUGGGGGAUGAGAAGGACCCAGGCCAAUGUAGGAAAGUACAACUAGGGAUUGCUGCAGGAAAGGCGGCCAGAGGGGCAGAAUGCAGCCAGAUCAUGGUGGGUCUAGAACCCAAGACAAGGAGCUUGGGCCUUUCCAGUUGGCAGUGGCCUUCGCUGAGAAUUUUUAAGCAGGACAACAACCUGAUGAAGAUUGGAGGAUGGACAUGGAUUGGAAUAGGGGAGAGAGGAUAGGGGAUGGCCAGGGAAGAUGCACUUGCAGCUCAGGAAAGAGAUGACGAGCAGCUGAACCGAGAUAGUCAGGAUCUGGAGGAGGGAUAAAGGGAGAGAGAGAGAGAGAGCAAGACUGAGGAGGAGCAGCAAUAGGACUUGGCGACUGGCAGGAUAUGGAAACCUGGGAGCCCGUCAGGUUCUUGGGCCUGGGCCUGGGUCAAUAUCAGGGAGGUACUGAUGCUCCUGGAGAGGGGAUCUGAGAGUGGGCUGCACCGAGCAGGUGGUGGAGAGCAGAAUUCUGCUUGGGGACCUGAGUCUGGUGCUUGUUGUGGCCACCCAGGGAGAGAGGGCUGGUCAUAGUCAGAUGUGGGGUGUGGAGCACAGAGGCACAGUGCAGACUGCAGGGAGCUAUGAGUGUCAUCAGCAUGUCAGUGACGGGAGAAUGUAAGGAUUUCCCAGUGAGAACAAUCCAAUGACUCAAGUCAGGGAUGUGACCUUGGAGAAUUCUGGCCUGUAGAGAACAAGAGAAGGUGAGGAGAAGGAGGAAAAGGAGCAAGCAGGGAAAUAAGAGGAGAAUUGAAGACAGCUAAGUCGUGCAAGUCACAGAGGGAGUGGUCAGCUGUGUCAGAGAUCACAUGGACACUGGUAUGAUAAGGACAGGGAAGUAACAAUUGCACUUAAAAAGUAGAAGGUCAUUGGAACCUUUACCAAGAGCAGCUUCCUGUGGCCAUAGCAGCAAUAGCAGCAGAGGCUUCGUUGCACUGGGCUGACUUGAGCAUAGGAAACAGGCAAAUGUACCCAGCAGAUGUAGACUUUCUUUAGAGAUGCAGGACAGAGGGAAAGGAAGGAGGAUGGCAAUGACAAGAAAGGUCAGCGUUCUGACCACACUGGAGCGGAGGUUCAACUUGCAGAGCGCUGACGUGGGUGUGAUCGCCAGCAGCUUUGAGAUCGGGAACCUGGCGCUCAUCCUCUUCGUGAGCUACUUCGGGGCCCGUGGGCACCGGCCGCGCCUUAUCGGCUGCGGUGGCAUCGUCAUGGCGCUGGGCGCGCUGCUCUCGGCGCUGCCCGAGUUCCUGACGCACCAGUACAAGUACGAGGCCGGCGAGAUCCGCUGGGGCGCCGAGGGCCGCGACGUGUGUGCUGCCAAUGGCUCGGGUGGUGGCGAGGGCCCAGACCCGGACCUCAUCUGUCGGAACCGGACCGCCACCAACAUGAUGUACUUGCUGCUCAUUGGGGCCCAGGUGCUCCUGGGCAUCGGUGCUACCCCAGUGCAGCCCCUGGGGGUCUCCUACAUCGACGACCACGUGCGCAGGAAGGACUCUUCGCUCUACAUAGGAAUCCUGUUCACAAUGCUGGUAUUUGGACCAGCCUGCGGAUUUAUCCUGGGAUCUUUCUGUACCAAAAUCUAUGUGGAUGCAGUCUUCAUUGACACAAGUAACCUGGACAUCACGCCGGACGACCCCCGCUGGAUCGGAGCCUGGUGGGGUGGCUUUCUGCUCUGCGGUGCCUUACUCUUCUUCUCCUCCCUCUUGAUGUUCGGGUUUCCACAGUCCCUGCCUCCUCACUCAGACCCCGCCAUGGAGAGCGAGCAGGCCAUGCUCCCCGAAAGAGAAUACGAGAGGCCCAAGCCCAGCAAUGGCGUCCUGCGGCACCCCCUGGAGCCGGACAGCAGUGCCUCCUGCUUCCAGCAGCUGAGAGUGAUUCCGAAGGUCACCAAGCACCUGCUCUCAAACCCCGUGUUCACCUGCAUCAUCCUGGCCGCCUGCAUGGAGAUUGCAGUGGUGGCUGGCUUUGCAGCCUUCUUGGGGAAGUACCUGGAACAGCAGUUUAACCUCACCACCUCUUCUGCCAACCAGCUGCUCGGGAUGACCGCGAUCCCGUGUGCCUGUCUGGGAAUCUUUCUGGGCGGUCUCCUGGUGAAGAAGCUCAGCCUGUCUGCGCUUGGGGCCAUUCGGAUGGCCAUGCUCGUUAACCUGGUGUCCACAGCUUGCUACGUCUCCUUCCUCUUCCUGGGCUGUGACACGGGCCCUGUGGCUGGGGUUACUGUUCCCUAUGGAAACAACUCAGCAGCCGGCUCAGCCCUGGACCCCUACUCGCCCUGCAAUAAUAACUGUGAAUGCCAAACCGACUCUUUCACUCCAGUGUGCGGGGCGGACGGGAUCACCUACCUGUCUGCCUGCUUUGCUGGCUGCAACAGCACGAAUCUCACCGGCUGCGCGUGCCUCACCACUGUCCCCCCUGAGAACGCGACCGUGGUGCCUGGGAAAUGCCCCAGCCCCGGGUGCCAGGAGGCCUUCCUCACCUUCCUCUGCGUGAUGUGCGCCUGCAGCAUGAUCGGCGCCAUGGCGCAGACGCCCUCGGUCAUCAUCCUCAUCAGGACUGUCAGCCCUGAACUCAAGUCUUAUGCCCUGGGAGUUCUUUUUCUCCUCCUUCGUUUGCUGGGCUUCAUCCCCCCACCCCUCAUCUUCGGGGCUGGCAUCGACUCCACUUGCCUGUUUUGGAGCACAUUCUGUGGGGAGCAGGGCGCCUGCGUCCUCUACGACAACGUCAUCUACCGAUACCUGUACGUCAGCAUUGCCAUCGCGCUCAAGUCCUUUGCGUUCAUCCUGUACACCACCACGUGGCAGUGCCUGAGGAAAAACUAUAAACGAUACAUCAAAAACCACGAGGGCGGGCUGAGCACCAGUGAGUUCUUUGCCUCUACUCUGACCCUAGACAAUCUGGGGAGGGACCCUGUGCCCGCAAACCAGACCCAUAGGACAAAAUUUAUCUAUAAUCUUGAAGACCACGAGUGGUGUGAGAACAUGGAGUCUGUUUUAUAGUGACUAAGGAGGGCUGGACUCUGUAUUAGUAAUCUGAGGGUCAUUUUUCUUAAAAAAAAAAAACAAAGAAAAAAGAGUUUAAAAAAAAUCCGCGCACACAGAGACAUAUACGUGCACACACACGCACACAUGCACACACAUACACUCGUACAGACACACACAUGCUCUUACACACAUACACACACACAUACACCCACAUGGGACCUUUGUCCUUCUUCUCAAAACCAGAGCCAAACAGGAUUCAGAAUAAGGAGAAGGCUGAGAUUAUAUGUUUGCGGUACGGCCAGGGUUGCGGAGGACGUGCACACUGCUGGGGCCCAGAGUCUACUCUUGGAAGGCACCUCUCAGUUUUCGGGAUGCCAACAGCUGCAAGCAACAGGCACUGCCAAAUUCAGGGAACUGUGGUGGCCAGUUUGGAGGACGGACCUUUCCGGAUGUACAUACACAUACAAAACAAAAAACCAACGUUAAGGAAAAAGUCUACUAAAAAAAAAACACACAUACACAAAUUGACAACAUGGCCAGGACAAGCACUAGUGACACACCCCGUGCCCCUCUCCCUCCACGCGGGAGGUGAGGAGGCAUGCCCGCCGAGGAGUGGGAGCCCCACUCCCCACUCUAACUUUUGCAAUAUGGGUCACUGUGUAGACGACUCACCCAGUCUGCAUGUGGUUCAAGGCCCCAGAGUUCUCUCAGCGAUGCUAAUGGGUGAUCCGUGCUGGAGUCUGUAAUUGGCACCUCUCACCAGCUCCAUUUCCAUGUUCAAGACUGAGGGCCUGGGGGGAGCCGUGAGUGGGGAGCCAGCACCUAACCUCCCCUCUGCAGCACCCUACUCCCCCCAGCCCCACAGAGUGACCUCAGGAAGCAAUGGGCCUCGCCUGGCUAUGACUGACUCCACUCAGAGCUGUUGAGGCCCAACCUAGUCCAAGUCAUUUGCUUACAUUUGCCAAACAUUUUGCCAUUUUUUAAGGAGAAAACAAUGCAUAUGAAUUUCAAACUGUUGUAUGUAUAAUCCUCUAAUACUCUUUUUAACCACUUCUAAAAUCUGUGUUAACCCUUCCAUCACUAACACAGUUCUCUAGGCCGAGUUUAUUAUGCUGAUUGCUUUUACUUUUCUCCUUUUUUAAUGCACCAAAAAAUAUAAUGUGAUUCAAGGGAUGCAGUUAAUCUAUGGUAAUUUUUAUGCUUUUUUCUUCACUCAGAUACUCUAUAAAAACAUUAAGAAAAUACGAUGUUGUAAGAAGGGGGUCGGGGGGGAGUGCUUCAAAAAGAGAGUGGAUAUGCAGCCUGCCUUUAAAAGAAUCACAUUUGAGACAACGGGAUAAUGUGAUGAAUUGCAGAUUUGCCUUCUCGCUUUAUUCCCCAAGAUUCAGUGAUCACUGUCAUGGGAAGCCCUUGUAUAUUCACGUUCCACACUCUUGAGAGGCGCUCUUUCCAGCUGGUAGGGGGAGACACACCUGGUUGUGGGAUUGUGUAUAGGGGUCCAGACUCAGUGUGGUGAUUCUGGGGCUAGGAGAGAGGAAACAGCUCCCUACCACAAGCUGUUGAGCAGUCUGGUCACGAAUAGACCCACAAGCUCCUGCAAGCUACCACAUGUCCAGUGUGUGAAAACGUCGAUGAUAUAUUUCAGGGUCCAUCUUGGACUAACGAGUCUUUGUGUGCCUUGAAAGUGGCUGAAUCUUGAGCAGCUAGAGAAUAAACCUGCCAUUGUCUGGGAUGAGAAUCAUGUGGAAAAACCUUUUGCAGCCAGCAGACAGAGCCUUAUAAAAAGGCUGUUUCCAUAAGGAGACAGAGCUUAAGUGUGCCGAUCACGCGCACAGGCACACACGCAUACACACACUCUCUGACAGAAGGCCUAGUUAAUUUGCCCUUCAUGCUUCUUUGGUAGUCCCUGGGUGGCGCAAACAGUUAACACACUUGACUGCUAACCUACGGGUUGGAGGUUCGAGUUAACACAGAGGCACCUUGGAAGAAAGGCCUGGUGAUCUACUUCCAAAAAAUCAGCCAUUGAAAACCCUAUGGAACACAGUUCUACUCUGACAGACAUGGGGUCACCAUAAGUUAGAGUCAGCUUGACACAGCUGGUUGGUUGGUUGGUUUGUUUUGAUUUUUUGUUUUUAUGCUUCUUCAGUGACCUUCAUCCAUGCCACACUCAUGGCCCUCAAGGAUUGGUUGGUUGGCUGGUUUUUCACCUCAGACAUAUAUGUGCAGUACACCCACGCAACACCAAAAAAAUCAGGGAAGAGAAGUGGGGGGCAUUGUGCCAAAUUUUUACAAACACUGUAAGCACAGAGAUUUGAAAGAUAGCCCCAAAACUUGAGAAAACACCAAACAAGGAUGACCAAAAAAGCUUGUGUCCUGGUUGCUGUGCCAUGGUGAUCAGCUGCCUGGGACAGGAUGCUUCUGAAACAAGCCUUUUGUCUCUUUUGUGUUAGCCUGUCUUUGUUUAUGAAAGUGGGGGCACUCAUCAACAUGUUAACGACUGAAAGGGGGACAGUGCUCCCAUCAGUUCGUAAAAUAUGUACGCUCUGUCGCUUCUAAGCCUUUGAUAACAUUCUGUACAUGUCUUGGUUUGGUUUGGUUUGGUUUUGAAAAUGUAUUAUUAAUAGAUCACUGCCCUCUUAUAUAUUAUUUCCUAGCUCUCCAGACCCACUGCACACACUUUGAGGCCCUAAGAUCUCAUGUUUUAUGGGGCUAUUUGCUUUAAAAAAAAAAAAAAAAUUUUUUCCUGUACAACCUUUUGUAUUUUGGAUUUUUUUCCCCCCUAAGAUUCUAGGAUGAGUGAGAAUAAGAUAGUAGAAUAACAAAGGAAAACAACUCCAGGGCUAAGUUUUAUCACCAACUGGAUAUAAAUUUCAACUCCCUGGGAUUGCAAUAUGGCUUUGGAGUGUAUUGUGUCACCUUUAAAGUUUUUAAUUUCUCUCUCAUACUACAGAACAGAAAACCCAGUCUAGUUCUAAUUUUCCUUUUGUGCUACACAGAACCAUUGAACAUAAAAUGCUAUUAGAUCUAGCCCCUUGGUUAUUUGAUUUUGAGUGGUAUUUUGAAUGAAAAGAUUUUCUGAUAAGAUCUCCAUUGGACUUAGAGAAAACAAAAAUGUGAGGGAUGGAAUAAACCUAGAAAGUGAAUGUUA